CUUUCAGUGCUUGAACUUUUACGAAAAUGGGUUAUCCAAAUUCUCAACUUGUCGCCUGCUCCGUUGCGGUCACGCCACAAAGCAUCACCAGCCCGAGUUUCGCCUUCAAUCGCGAGAUAUCACCUUAUAUUUAAUGGAAGCGAAGCAUUCUCAAAGCGGAAAAAUACUCCAUAGUUACUUCUCUACAUCAGGCCCAAGAUAGAGUUGGCCAGCCGUUUGAACCUCUGCUGGAGAUAAGUCACCCCCCGAAGGCACACCCUGACAAGUUGGCGCAGAGGAAUCUCGCCAAGCCAUUCCACAUUGUAUGACAAACCCAGUAAUUUUGGCGAGUCUUUAAAUUGGGCAAAACUCGAGCCAAGCUUAAGUUAUCCUAAAACUUCCACCGACUCUCCAAUUUUAAUUUAACUCCUUCUUGCUCUGCCCUCCAUAGAGAGUACGGAGUACGGAAUACCUGGAACCCCUUAAGGUUCACAUGCAGUUGCGGAACGGAAUAACUUUCGACCGUAACAAAAAAAACCAGCAUGACGUCAUGGUGGACCGCGCUAACUCGGGAAAACCAUAUUCCGAGCCUCUCCGGCGGGCGCUGCGGGAGCAACCAUGACGCAGCUUGCUGGAGCGAUCCUCAGGAUAGACGACGGUCUGAGAGCCUGAGACAAAGCAUCAUCCCCUCACCUCCAGGAACCAAAGCGUGGCCGUCACAGCUAAUAACUAAACCAACUAGUGUAAUUCAUAUAUGGAUAACACGAUGGAACCACUAGAGACACUGGUUCAGAGAUGGUUAGAUUGGGACCAGGACCCGCAAACUAGGGAGGAAAUCAAGAAUCUCCACGACUCCCACAAUCUCCCGGAACUUGAAAAACGCCUACGAAAACGUAUCCAAUUUGGCACUGCAGGCUUGCGUGGCCGCAUGCAGGCCGGGUUUUCAUAUAUGAAUUGCCUUACAGUCAUUCAGGCUUCUCAAGGUCUGGGCAAGUAUCUCAAAGCGCUCCCCCAAACCUUGGGUCCUCUAUCCGUUGUCAUCGGACGAGAUGGUCGACACAACUCGGGAAAGUUUGCUAUACUAGCCGCCAACGCCUUCAGAGCAGAGGGUAUCCACGUGUGGUGUUUCAACAACCCCGUUCCCACCCCUCUGGUCGCUUAUGCAGUCCCGUUCAAGAAAGCGAUUGCGGGAAUAGUGAUUACCGCUAGUCAUAAUCCUGCCCAAGACAACGGCUACAAAAUUUAUUCUGCGAACGGUGCUCAAAUAAACUCACCCAUCGAUGCUCAUAUUCGAGAUUUCAUAUCGCAUAACCUUGAACCCUGGACGGGUGCUUGGGAUAGCAGUGACAGUCACUAUUCAUGUACAGACGCCUUUAAAGAACUCCAGAAGGCUUAUUGUGACGAUGUCUGUGCCUUUGUGGCCUCCACAGCUGACCUGUCGGCUUCACCGGGACGCUUCGUAUACACUCCUCUCCAUGGCGUUGGCUACUCCAUGAUGUCGGAACUUUGUGAAGUGCUAAGCAUUCAAGGGAUGACCGUUGUGAGUGAACAACGGGAUCCGGACCCAGACUUCCCAACGGUUCGUUUUCCGAACCCAGAGGAGGCUGGCGCGCUAGAUCUUGCCAUGAAAACGGCAGAUGAUCUAAAAAUCGAUAUUGUUAUUGCGAAUGACCCUGAUGCUGACCGAUUUGCAGUUGCUGAAAAAGUAGGCGAGACGUGGUUCAAAUUUACGGGAGACCAAGUUGGAGUUCUUCUAGCCUCCCACCUAUUAGAUCAGUGGAAACACCAAGAACAAGAAAAGCCCAUAGCAAUGCUAUGCACCGCUGUUUCUAGUAACAUGCUGGCUAAAAUGGCAAAGAUAGAAGGAUUCCACUUUCAGGAAACCCUAACUGGAUUUAAGUGGCUCGGCAAUGUCGCCAAGGAUCUUGAAUCAGAGGGAUAUAAUGUUCCAUUUGCCUUUGAGGAAGCUUUAGGUUAUAUGUUUUGUAAUGUAUCCUACGAUAAAGAUGGACUAACAGCAGCCAUGGUCUUUCUCACUGCCCAGGCACGGUGGAGAAAGCAAGGUUUUACCCCUUUCAGCAGGCUGCAGCAUUUAUACCAGACCUACGGCUAUCAUGAGACACUUAAUACCUACUUUGUCUCCCCAGAUCCUAGUAUUAGCGCGACUCUCUUUGAUAGUAUCCGAAAUCUCCCCGAAGACAAACGCAGCUGCAUAGGCGGCUUUCCAGUUCUCAGAUGGCGAGAUGCCACUAAAGGCUUUGACACAGGAACGCCAAACAAUGUCUCGAACUUGCCUGUUGACUCGGCCUCGCAAAUGAUUACGAUUUGGUCCGAUAAAGGCCUUAGGUUUACGCUCCGGGGUUCCGGCACAGAACCUAAAGUCAAAAUUUAUAUUGAGAGCUGUUGCCCAACACGUGAAGAUGCAGUGAACGCUGUCUGUCAGGUAUUUUUAGCUGUCUUGGUGAAUUGGAUCCAGCCUUUUGCAUCCAUUAUGACCUAUGCCCCUGCUGUGACCACAUCUUCUGGCUAUAUAUUUAAUAUACCCUGA